AUGGUAAGCUUCGAUGUGGUAUCUCUAUUCACGAGAGUACCCCUAGGCGAGUCAAUGAAUCUAAUCAAGGAAUCAUUCCCACCUGACAUCGCGGAGCUCUUCCGAGUGUGUCUGACUGGUAGCUAUUUCUUAUGGAACGGCAAUUAUUACGAACAAACAGAAGGUGUCGCAAUGGGUAGCCCAAUCAGCCCAAUAAUUGCUAAUUUCUUUAUAAGGAGAUUUAAAGAAAAAGCGCUAGAGUCAUCCGUUUUGAAGCCCGCUGUAUGGUUUCGUUAUGUGGACGAUACAUUUGUGGUUUGGAAACAUGGACGUGACAGCCUAGAUGACUUCCUUCAUCACCUUAAUUCGCAGAGCCCGAGCAUAAAAUUUACCAUGGAAACCGAAAAAUGGCGACCAAAUAGGGCAAGACGUAUCUGUGCUAAUGAACACAUCCAAGAGGAACUAAGUCAUUCAAAUAAAGCCUUUCUUGCCAAUGGCUAUAAUGACAGAGAAAUAAAUGCGGCGCUGGCACCUAGGCAGAGGAGACCUGCCGUCAAUGAACAGGAAAACAUCAUUAAUAAGGCCUUCCUUCCAUAUGUUUCCCAGGUCACCGAUAGGAUUGGUAAAGUUCUCAAGAAGCAUAACAUCAAAACCAUAUACAAACCUACCCGGAAAAUAAGGGACUGCCUAAGACCAGCCAAAGACAAAAGAGAACCAUUAUCAUCCUCUGCAGGGAUCUACCGUAUACCUUGUUCCUGCGGUAGCGUAUAUAUUGGAACUGGCAAACGCCCAGUAGGAACGAGAUUCAUUGCCACAACAUCUGGAUAUCAUCCUCGUCUGAUCAGGGAAGCUGUUGAAAUUCACAAACAUCCAAAUAAUUUCAACAGGAAGGAAGAAACUUUCUACCUUAACAGAAUUUGGCAUCCAGCUAUAUCUAGGACCAAAGUAGCAGCACAGAGAAGUAGACCAGUUCCGGAAUAUAACCCGAAACCAUAA